AUGCCGUCCAACACUCUCUACCGCCCCACCUCCUCUUGCGACUGGGCUGCUGACGACGACGACGACUUCGACUUUGAAGCCUGGAAAGCCAACGCUGACGCCUCUGCGCCCUCAAUCUCUGAACUGGGGCCUCUACAACCCAUCGUCGGCAAGUCACAAGAGGACGAGGCCACCUUGACCACACAAUACCCCACCAGCCUUUCAUCCUCACCGUCGAUAGAUUCCAACACAUCUGACAUCGACAUCAACACAUCCGACACCGACACCAACACAUCCAACACGGACUCCAACACAUCCGACACCAACUCCAACUCAUCCGACACCGACUCCUACACGUCCGACACCAUCUCCAACACAUCCAACACUGACACCACCGCACUAAUCUCUGACAUCUCCUCCACCGUCAACGACAUCAUCGCAUCCCAGGUCCGCUAUGCUCAAGAAGACCUCGUAUGUCACGCACUGGGAAAAGUCCCCGGACUACCAGCCUACCCCGAAAUGAGCUAUUACGUGUACCCGAACCUCCAGCCGAAGCAUCGCACAAACUACGCUUCCAAUUGGCAGCGCUUCAAGGCUGACAAUGGAUUCGAUUGUCGACGCACUGUCGUCUUUCGUUGGUCUCGGCUGCGAAUCGUUACGGAUGUGGAUGGGGAUGAGAAUGCCAUUCUGCCUUACGUUGAUGAGGCUGAGGAAGUCGUUCAGCCAUAUGUCAAUACGGUCGAGGCUGCGUUCAAGCCAUAUGUGGAUGAGCCCGAGGAAGUCAUUCAACCGUUUGUGGAUGAGCCCGAGACUACUUUUACGCCAUUCGUAGACGAUGUCGAAGCUACUUUUAAGCCAUAUGUGGAUGAGGCUGAGGACGUUAUCCAACCAUGCAUCGAUGAAGCUGAUGCCAAAGUCCAGCCAUACUCCGACGACGACAAGGCUCUCGACGUAACCAGUGAGAUGGACAUUGACGAUGUGCCCUCAACUACGUCUUCUAGCGAUGAUACCGACGACAGCUGGGAGAACUAUCAAGCGUACUCGGACGACAACGACAAGGAGAAUGUCCUCCCUACACACAGCUUCCCAGCUAAGCCAUUCACGUCGGACGACAUGUUUUAUGGCUUUUCAGACGAUAGCAACAAGGAGAACGUUCCCCCAGAGCUGGAGAGCUAUGGGCAUAGGACAUUUCCGUCGGACAACACCGUUGAUGACCUUGCAGACGCUUGGGAGCUAUUCUAUGAACUUCAGGAGUGUAUACCUGAGCCAUUGUCUAUUGAUGACAUUGUCGAUGGCGUCACCACUGAGAUUCUUGUAGACGAGAUUGCAGACGAGACAGAUGAUAUGGAGUUUGCCUUUGAUCUCGUAUUUGAGUACGAUGUGUCAACUCCUGAUUCCGAUGAAGAUUAUGACACAACAGAGUCAUCGGAUGCCGAGUCUCUGAGCGACCAGCAACCUCCAGCGCAUCAUCCUGAAGUUGCUUACGCGCGCCGUAACCUCUCCAAUCCCCACAAUGCGAUGGACGCCCUCGCAGCCUUCCGCAACCAAUUCGCCAACACCGAAGCCAUGGUGGACGUCUUCGAGGAUGAUGACUCUUCCAUCUUGCUUCCCUCAUAUUCACAGGCUGACCUCGGACUCGGUCAUGGCCUCCUCGACAACCUCGACUUAGACAAUUGGCCACUACCCUCCGCAUUCAGCGAUAGCGACGACGACGACGACGACCUGUCACCACUUCCAGAAGUCGACACCACACCCCUUGCACAACCGAAGCCGACUACUUCCCACAACACUACACCUGAGAUCGCCAUUGUAGAUGAUGAGCCACUGGAAGCUAACGAUCUCCCCAUCUCUCCUACCGCCAUGAUCCCUACCAACUCUAAAUCCCGGAUCCCUUUCACCCCUACCGUCGCGGUCCCAGUCACCCCCGCCGUCACAUACACUCUCGCCACAAAGUCACAAACACCAUCGAUUUCCACAGCUGCUACCAAUUCACACGGCGCACUCAAGCAUUUGCUCAAUGGCGCUACGGUCAAGGGCAAACACGACCUUUCCCUCAUCCCCGGCAAGAUCGCAGGAAGCACUCGAGGAGUCCUUGGACGCAUAUGGGCCCGCCUGUACAAGUCCUAA